AUGGUGAAGAGAAUCGUGGAGAAGGAUGUGGCUCGACGAGUCAAGACCGUCAAUGACAAGUUGCCCUUCAAGGAAGCUGGGGAUACCAAGGUCCGCCGGCCCAUCUCCAUGCACGGGAAGCAGCGGGCCUGGAUCAUCAAUGGACUACGCCAUUUGAAAGCUCCGACUGUCAUUGCCACACUAGUGGCCCUGAUCUUUGCGGUGCCUGGUCUUGACUUCGAACGGCCCAUCGAUCGCUUGGAGACCUUUGCUGGAUGUAUGUCUGUGACAAAGGGAGAGUGGGAGGAGGGGAGAAAGGCAGUGCCGUUCGAUGUCACCUACUCCUCUGACAUGGAUUUACUUUCAGCGCAAGGGUUUGCCAAUGCCCUCUACCAUGCCUGCAAUGUCCUUCCUGGGUCUGGCUCCAUGUCAGCGCCAGUUUGCAGCACCUUUGUCAUAGUGUCGAGAGGGAGCACUCAUCGGAGCCCAACAAAUCCUUUGGGUCGCCAAGAUUCAGAAUCAGUGCGGCAAGGGACUAUCCUUGCAAACAGGGCUUUGGUCAUACUGUUCAUCUUGGCUGCCAAAGGUUGUUGGACCAUAUUGGAGCAGCCAGCGUCGAGCUGUAUGGAACACUUGCCGCUGUUCCAAUAUUUUUUGCGGCUGGUGCCCCAAGUCAAAAUGUUCAUGCGGAUGGGUGACCACGGCGGUCCAACUCCCAAGCCAACAUUGCUCUACUCCAGCCACGCGUGCAUUGCUGGUCUCAACGAUUUCCGGACUAUGCCCCAGCAUCGCAAUCGUGAGAUUACAGUUCGCUACACGAACCGGGCUGGUGAGAAGCGCUGGCAUGGAGGGAAGGAUAUGAAGGGAAGUCAAUCAUACCCCAGACAGUUUGGUGUGUCGCUGGCAAGGCUCCGGACUUUGCAUGAGAAGAGGAACAAGCGGAAAGCGGUUCGUUUCCUGAGGGCCGCUCGGCGUACCACCAAUGAUUUCGACACCAGGGUCAGAAUCAACAAAGCUUGGACUGAUGGCGCAGAUCUUUCAAGCGUCAUCUCAUACUUAUCCCAGAAGUAG